AUGGUGACCCCGGCCCCUCCCCCAGCCGCGGGACUGCCAAGAAGUGAGAGAGUGCAGCACCGGGGGCCGAGGGGAGAGAGCGAGAAGAGCCGGUCCGAGAUUUGCCGGGGCCGGGCUCCUCCGGGUUCGCUGCACGGACGGGACGGCAGGCCAGAGUCACCGGGCCCCGGCAGCGCCGGCGUCGCGCUCCUGCUGACACGGCCCGCGGAACGAAGGACGGACAGACGCCGCGGACCGUUCACUCUCCCGGGCUGCGCGACCGUGUCGCUGCUGCCUGUUGAAUGUGGCGGCGACAGCGGCAGCUGCAGCAACUACGCUGCCGCCCGACUUACUGGAUCUGCCGCCGUCCCCCGCCCGGGCCCAAAGCCGGGCCGGGCGGGGGCCGGGGACGCUCAGCGCUCCGGGGGCGCUGGGUGGGCGGGCGGGCGGAGGCGGCCUCGCUGCAUUCUGCUCAAUCGCCCCCUCUCGACUCUGCCCACGAUUUCUUUGCAGAGAAACGUGGGGAAGUCGGUGGGUUUUGUUUUGUUUUCCCUGCGACGUGUCGAGUCCUCCGGCCCCGGCGCGAGCCGCACACGCCCCCCCGGGGCAGGGGCUCUGACGGUCAAGUCCGCGCGGACGACGCAGUCGCUGCAGCUUCCGCGCCGGGAACCCACCUGUCCGCAGCCGCCGGCUGAGCCUCUGCGGUUGGAUGUAGACGGGGGCCAGUUGUCCAGCCCAGCAGCCACCAGCCGGAAUGGAAGUGCUGAGGUGUUGAGAAGUGAAAAUGGAAGAAGGGAGAGGACCAAAGCCUUGGGGUGCAGCCCUGCCCCACUCCCAGAUGUUCCUUUAGGCCGCUUGCCCCGUGCGUCCAUCAACCCACCCCACCUUUCCCCAUCUGGGCUCCAGGUCCAGGACGUCCUGCCGAGAUCAGUGGGGCAAAAGGGUAAUUAUUACGUCAUCCUUGACAGGAAGACUGAGGGAUGGUUCCCUUUGAUCAAUUCCCAGACACAGACCGACAAGGCCUGGGGAAGUAGGGUGGAGAAAGGAGCAGAAUGCCUCCACCUGGAUAGGAAAGCAAAUCACGUGUGUCCCUCGCUCAUCUCCAGCCAAGGCUAUAGUGUGAGUAGAAAGCUCUGGAAACACAGUGGCUCUCUUAUAGAUCACAGCAGCUGUUUUAUCAAGUAUGCUGUGAUGUUGGCCCUACCUGCAAAAUAUGAUAAAAUGAAAUCACCAAUGGCUCUUCCAAGAAAAGCAGAAAAUCAACAAAGCACUACCAACUGAAGUUCUUUUAUUCCCCAGGUAGUGUUCAAUUUAUUCUGCAUUUUGAAAUUUUAUCUUGCUAUUACUUGCCACCUACAUACCUCAAAGAGGUAUUGUAAGGAUUAAAAUAAUGUCUUA